CCAACCGUGCCGUAGCUUUCCUUCCUCUUCCUCUCUCGCAAGUCCCUGAGACCUACCCAACCAAAGCUGACCCAAUGCGGCUCUAAAAAAAUCUCUCCUUUAUACACUACUACCACCGUUGUGCCGCCGUGCCGUAGUUUAGAUGUCACCGUCGACGCCUCACCCAGCCAUCCCCACUCGCGACGCCUCAGCCCCUCCUCCGCCUGUCGUGCGCGCCGACGCCGACGCCACCGCCGUUCCCGCGCUGCCUCCCAUCGCGACGACAUCACGCCCGCUCUGUCUCCACCCCUGUCUGCAAACUCGGAGAUUGGUUUCUAAGUGCCAAAAUUGUGCUGCUUAGUUUGGUGCACUACAAUGGAGAUUGACAGUCUAAGAGAGGCCUUUGACCGAGUUGUCGAAAAGCGUACCUUAUCUUCUACCAAAGUUCAGGAAGCUAUUGAUCAAAUAGUGAAUGAAGUUACUCAGGCAAUAUCAAAGAUGCAGAUGAUGAAUACAGAUUCCAUGGACAGUUGUGACCAUUCGGACAUCCUUGCAGAACUGAAGGCCAAGCUGAACGAAGUGGCGCCAUUGAACCAGCUCGAAGGCUGCCAAAAGGAAUUGAAUGUUGCAUUGAGCAAAUAUCUGAAGCUCCUUGAGAAGUCUUUUAAUCCAGAUAUAUCAAAGGCAUAUAGAAAUGUGGAUUUUGAGGCUUCCACAAUAAACAACAUAAUAGCAAAUCAUUUCUACCGCCAGGGCCUCUUUGAUCUUGGAGACUCCUUUGUCCAUGAGUGUGGUGAGUCAGAUGGGUCUUACCUGAAAUCAGCGUUUGAAGAGAUGUAUAGAAUGCUUGAAGCGAUGCAAGCAAGAAACCUUGAGCCUGCACUCAGUUGGGCUGCCAAGAACCAUGAUCAGCUGUUGCAGAAUAGCUCAAUGCUUGAGCUGAAGCUCCAUUCGCUUCAGUUUGUUGAGAUACUUACUAAUAAAGGAAGUAAAGAUGAGGCUUUACAAUAUGCAAGGACUCACCUGGGGCCCUUUGCCUUCAUGACCGAGGCGGAGAUCCCGAGGCUGAUGGCUUGCCUUAUCUGGGACCGGCUUGAUCAGUCCCCAUAUGCCGAGUUCGUGUCAUCGACGCAAUGGGAGAAGCUAUCUGAGGAGCUAAUCCAUCAGUUCUGCAGCAUCUUGGGACAGUCCAGUGACAGCCCACUUAAUGUAGCUUUAUCAGCUGGUUUUCAAGGACUGCCGACCUUGUUGAAGCUAACCAUGGUAAUGGCUGCCAAAAAACAGGAGUGGCAGGCCAUGAAGCAGCUUCCAGUCCCCAUAGACAUUGGACCAGAGUUUCAGUACCACUCUGUGUUUGUAUGCCCAGUGCUGAGAGAGCAGUCAAGUGACGAGAACCCUCCGAUGCUGAUGCCCUGUGGACACGCUGUAUCGAAGCAAUCGAUCAUGAAGCUAUCAAAGAGCAGCUCCAGAACUUUCAAGUGCCCUUACUGCCCCUCUGAGGCAGUAGCUUCGCAGUGCAAGCAGCUUCGUUUCUAGAUUUGUUUCAUCUUUUCCAGAUCAAAAUCUGUUAUACAAGUGGUUUCUUUAUGUUUUCUGUUCAACCCAUCCAAUAACUUUCCUGUAAUAUAGUCUUGUAUCUUUAUUGAAUUCUGGAUGUUAAUCUGUACAGUAGCAAAUCCCAGUCUGUUGCUAAAAUAUCGACUGAACACAAAAAUAAGUUUCAU